AUGAACGGUCACAGGUAUCGGCUAGGUGAGCCUGCAUCGGACGCUGGUGAAACGGUGGCUAGGGCGUGGCAAUAUGACUGGACCGAACUGGAAGAGCUGCUCACUUCCAAGUACACACAGGACUUAGCUGAUCGACACGCCACGACUUUCAGCAAGAUGUGCCGGCAGUAUAUGGUGCACUAUGGUGGCUUUCUCUGGACGGAUUUAACUCGCGUGACGCCGCUUGUUGAUCGCCUGGUCACGAAGUUUCGUGAAGGCCGACUGGAGUAUGCCCCCGCACUGCGAGACCUAUGUUCAGUAGCCAGCAAACCUUUCGUAUCACAGCGGGCCUCAGAGCCCCUUGUUCAUGCAGACGCAGCUAUUCACUUCGUCCGUACUCUAAGCAGGGCAGCUGCAUCCACGUCGACAGUUUCACCUCUACCACCCAGUACGGAGAGACCCAAAGAUGAACCACGGGUCCUUGGUUGCAAGCCGGAGCAGGACAUGCGCCUGGAACACGAGGAUGCUGCUCAUGUAUCGUUACCUGAUUCAGUAUCUAAUGACAACAGGACGGAGCCAGUUAGUGAAUAUGUGGUUAACCCAGAGCUCGCUACUGUCCAACAACAUGAGUCACCGUGCCUGUCCGACUACUCACAGCCUUCGCCAGUGCUCUUGGUAGACUCAGGCAGUUCAGGGGAUGCUUCCAGAGAUGAUGCUGAAGCUUAUCCAAUGGCGCAGCCUUCCCAGGACAGCGGUAAACAUCGAGUCACGUGCUGUCCGUCGGUUCCCAAUCAUCGUAAUGAUCUGAGUCACGGUCUACACAGCAGCGAAGUAGCCUUGACUUGA